AUAAUUGUCUUUAAUGCAUAUACUUUGCUUAACAUGAAUGAAUUCACAGAUCUUGCAUUUUAGAUUUAGUGUAGAAUAGCAUGCACGUUUGACAUAUCUAUUUAUCUGAAAAACUAAUACCGGAAAUAUGGUAGUUGUUGUUAGGGAAUGGAAUGGAUGCGUGUUGUCGCUUAUUUUUCGCCAAGCGAGACCAGACAAGACGCGAGGAAGACUCGUUGUGUCACUGUGACAGGAGAAUACAUAAGGAACAGUGGUACACAAAGAAAUCUUUCCAAGACAAUGCUUCCACAACUUAUAUUUGGUCUUCUGGACGAGCAGGAAAUGAUUUUUAUGUAACAGUGUACGUUGCAACGCAUAAAUGGACAGACGAGCACCUGCGCACCCCAGCCUCAAUUCCUCCUAUAUCCCCGUUGCCCUUGACAACUCUACUUCAUCAGAAGAUGAGGAGAAUGAGGAUCAGACUCCUUCCUCAGUGUCCCUGGCCUUACGCUACACUCCCGAUGACCGCUAUUGUUUGGUCUACAUCAUCUUCUUCCUCAUGGGCAUCGGCUCUCUGCUGCCUUGGAACUUUUUCAUCACAGCCAAAAGCUACUGGCUUUACAAAAUGAGCAACAGCACAGAGGAGCAGCGGUCUGACCUCAGCGACUACUUUGAAAGUUACCUGACAUUUGCUUCUACGGUGCCUUCAGUACUAUGUUUGAUUCUCAACUACAUCCUUGUAAACAGGCUGUCUCCACAUGUGCGCAUCCUGUCAUCACUCUUUGUCAUCCUGCUGGUGUUUGUGGCGACCACUGUGUUGGUCAAGGUUGACGUGUCCCACUGCAGGGUAGAAUUCUUCGCGGGCACACUGGCCAGCGUGGCCGUCGUCAGCGGAGCUUCGAACAUCUUCUGUGGCAGCGUUUUUGGCAUCAGUGGACACUUCCCUAUGAGGAUCUCUCAAGCCCUCAUAUCAGGUCAGGCUAUGGGAGGCACACUAAGUGCUGUCGCAUCAAUAGCAGAUCUUGCACUGUCAGAGGAUGUGACAGACAGCGCCCUGGCCUACUUCCUGACUGCAGACAUCUUCAUCCUGCUCUGCAUCUUCGCAUACUUGCUGCUCCCCAAGCUGGCCUUUUCAAGAUAUUACAUGAUGGCCGCCACGUCCACCAUUCCAGGAGAGAGGAGUGGAGGAGGAGGAGCAGCAUCCCCCCAAACGCCUCCAUUGAGGCCCAUUCUCAAGAAGACCUGGGUUCUAGGCCUGAGUGUCUUCUGUGUGUUCUGUGUGACCAUCAUGGUUUUUCCCGCGGUGUUGUCCGGCAUGCAGUCCGUUAACAAGGACAGCGGGAGUCCCUGGACCAACACAUACUUUGUGCCCCUCGCCGGCUUCCUCCUUUACAACGUUGCUGACUUCUGCGGCAGGCAGUCCACCGCUUGGCUGCAGGUGCCGGGCCCCACCAGCCGACUUCUGCCUGCGCUGGUUGUGUGCCGGUCAGUCUUAGUGCCGCUCAUCAUCUUCUGUAACUACCAGCCCAGGGACCACCUCCACACUGUGCUCUUCACUCACGAUGUGUAUCCUAUUGUUUUCAACUGCCUGUUAGGCUUCUCUAACGGCUACUUGGGGACUCUGCCGAUGAUCUAUGGGCCCAAGAUUGUGCCCCGGGAGCUGGCAGAGGCCACCGGAGUGGUCAUGUCAUUCUUCCUCACUCUGGGACUCGCUGGCGGAUCUGCUCUGUCUCUCAUUAUUGUGCACACUAUCUGAUUAUGUAUGCAUGGUUUUGGCUCCUAAGGAAUGUUGCAAUAUACAGUAUCUCUCACUAAAGUGUGGACGGAAUUGGCCCUGCCGCAAAUAGUGAAAAUCCAUGAGUAAUUGACACCCACCAUAAGGCAGUUUAUAAUUGUCUAUAGAUCCCAUAAGAUGGUGGAAAAACACAACUUUUUUCCAAGUGGAGCUCCUCAACUAACUUAAGCAUCGUAUCUUGAUACCAACAUGACACAAGAUGGCGGCAAAGCAAUAAAUAAGCAAGAAAACAGCAAAUAGGUAAAGGGUAGGUUAAAAAAUCUGCAAAUGCCAAACCACGAGUUUUCUAUACAGCACUCAGAUUUUUGUAAAUAUUUUAUCUUUUUUACACAAAAACACUGAAGAAAUGAGACUCAAUGCAAAGUGUUCAGUGUAAAUUUACUGACCCUGAGAAAUUACUAAACACGCAGCCAUGGUUGUCUAAAACGCUGGCAACAAGUGAAAAUGUGCCAGUUGGACCCAACUGGUCAUGUGAUUUGUUCGUGUUACAAGAGCUCAGGUAUCAAUAAGGAGCAGUUGUGUUAAAUUUGUUGCGGUCUCUCACAUUGCUUACUGGAAAGAACUCAUGGCAAAGAACUCUGAGGAUCUUAAAAAAAAAAAAAAAAAAAGGGAAAAAAAAAAAGCACCAAAUUGAACACGCCUGCGCCUCGUUUACACCCGAGACCUUGGAACACUAAAAAGUAAGGGAAAAUGGCUAAUUGCAUCCAAUUUGCACAAUUUCACUUAUGGGUGUGCUCACUUUGGUUGCUAGGGGUUUAGACAAAAGCUAUGUGUGUUGAGUUAUUUUGAAGGGACAGAAAAUGUACACUGCAAUACAGCUGUACACUGACUCCUUUACAUUGUAGUAGGAUGUCAUUUCUUCAGUGUUGUCCCAUGAAAAGAGUUUUGAGAUACUGGAAACUUCACAAGGGGAAAGUACGUAUACAUUUGUGACAUCAACGCUUGCCAGAGUUUUGAUACCUGGCAAAAAAAAUAAGAGAAAAUUGUAUGAGGACAGGCGGCACGGUGGCCGACUGGUUAGAGCGUCAGCCUCACAGUUCUGAGGUGCGGGGUUCAAUCCCCGUCCCCGCCUGUGUGGAGUUUGCAUGUUCUCCCCGUGCCUGCGUGGGUUUUCUCCGGGCACUCCGGUUUCCUCCCACAUCCCAAAAACAUGCAUUAAUUGGAGACUCUAAAUUGCCCGUAGGCAUGACUGUGAGUGCGAAUGGUUGUUUGUUUCGAUGUGCCCUGCGAUUGGCUGGCAACCAGUUCAGGGUGUACCCCGCCUCCUGCCCGAUGACAGCUGGGAUAGGCUCCAGCACGCCCGCGACCCUAGUGAGGAGAAGCGGCUCAGAAAAUGGAUGGAUGGAUGGAUGUAUGAGGACAAUUUUAAGAAGACAAGGACCAUUUCCACAUUUUAUACACCAAGCAGUCACAACAUAAUGACCUCUUGCACAAUAAAAGGCUUUUGGUGGCUAUUGAUUUAACAGUAUCCUCAUUGUUGUGGUUUUAGUUUACAGUGAUGUACAACUAUACUGUUUCAUACUGAGAGCUGGUUCUAAUAUUUUUUACUCAAGUAACUGAUAGGGGUAACCAAAAUAUUAGACACAGCUCUCAUUACAAUGCUGUACAAUUAUACACUGCAACCCACAUCCAAAAUAGUACUAAACAUAUUGUGAAAUGAAUACCUCUCUGAAGAACGUGUCAAAUGAAACAGAACAGUGUCUUUGUGAAGGCAAAAUAUUUGAUCCAGCUCUUGUAUUGGAUAUUAAAUUGUGCUGCCGUUAGAAUGUUGUGGCUAGUCAUUUACAUGUUGGAAAGAGUACAUCGGGGCUUACACUCAAGCCAUCUGACCUCAUGUAAUCAUGCUAUUAAAGAUGUCUUUACUUUAAAGGAAAAA